CGCGGGCGCGGGGCGGCCCGCCCGGAUGGAGAGCUGAGGCGGUGAGCCCCGCCGGGCCGGGCCGGGCCGGGCCGGGAGACGAGACGAUGUGGAUGCGACGGCUCCCGGGAAGCAGGUCAGGUUGCCCGCUCGGAAGCCAUGCUUGGAUUUUAAUAGCCAUGUUCCACCUAGCCAUGGACCUUGCCAGCUGCCAGCCCCCAACCAGCGGCGCCGGGGGAAGGCUCUCGCCGCGCCCCGCGCUGCGGCACAGACUGUCCCGUGGAUCGCUGUGGGGCACGGGGAGCGGGGAGGAGCUGCGGCGCCCCAGCCCCCCCUGGACCUGCGCCCCCGCGCCCCUCCUGCAGAGACCCCGCUCCCGCCGGCCCCCGGCCGCCCCGCUGCCCGCCGGCCACCCCCCGCCACGACUCCGAUCCCGACGGGGCCGGCGGCACCUGCGCGGCCGCGGCUUCGCCCCACGGGACGGGCGGCCCACGGUGCUGCCCGAGGUCAUCGUCUGGGGCCCCACGGAUGGAGAGGACUCCCUGGAGAGCAGCACGCUGCCCGGCGCCUUCGCCACCGCCGCCGCCACCACCACCACCACUGCCGCAACCACCACCACCACCGCCGCCACCACCACCACUGCUGCCGCCACCACACCACCCCGGGCACCCCCCAGCACCGCAGCUCCUGCAGCCGGUGGGGACGUGCCCCGCAGCAGCCCCGGCCGCAGCAGCACCGCCGAGCCGGCCGCCGGCCACAGCAGCAGUGGCAAGGACACUCGCCCGCCCCGAGGGCUGGGAGACAGCACAGGUCUGGCAGUUCAUCAGAUAAUCACUAUUACCGUGUCCCUCAUCAUGGUCAUAGCCGCUCUGAUAACAACUCUUGUCUUAAAAAACUGCUGCGCGCAGAGCGGGCGCCCGCGGCGCAACAGCCACCAGCGCAAGCUGGACCAGCAAGAGGAGAGCUGCCAGAACCUGACGGACUUCGCCCCCGCGCGCGUGCCCAGCGCCCUCGACAUCUUCACCGCCUACAACGAGACGCUGCAGUGCUCCCACGAGUGCGUCCGGAGCCCCGUCUCUGUCUACGCGGAGGAGGCGUUGCGCUCGCCCGGGGAUUAUAAAACAACCUUCAAUGGAAACAGACCCUCUUCUUCUGACCGACAUCUUAUUCCCGUGGCCUUUGUGUCUGAGAAAUGGUUUGAAAUCUCCUGCUGACUGGCCGAGGCCUGUUUGACUUCUGGGGGCAGGGCAGACACCAUCGGGCUGUUUCCUGGAUUCCAUUGGCGAACCUGUAAAAAAUAUUCAAACAAAUGGGUGACCUGUACCUACCAUUUCUGUUUACCAGUAGGAGACUCAAAGAGCAGCGUUCUAUGGGCCAAAUAUAUUUUUAUAAAGAUGAACACGCCUGUAGGUAACUGCAAUUUUCAGAGGAAGACAAACGGUGCGAGAGGAGGAUCCCGUGGAGGAAGAGGAACCGGUGAGAGGGGAGGAGCAGCGGGGCCUGGAGGGACUGUGACUCUGAACCUGUGCCAAUAAUACCAUUAUGUGCCAUGUACCGAUGCAAAGACUUCGCGAGGGAGCCGAAGCCGUGUCGGUAACGCCUGGAAACGUGGUGGAGGACGAGUGGGGGUGUCUCUUCUGGUGGGGUCAUUCAUCCCGGUCCAUACGCAUACAUACAUACAUACGAGAUGUGUAGAGAGGAAAUAUAUAUAUAUAUACACACACAGACACUUUUUGUACUGUAGCAAUUUUUGAAGCUCUUAAAUACUCAUUUUUAAAGACGAUGUCAUGGGCUAAAAGUCUCCUUUCUUUAACAUGCAUAACACAACCUAGGUGAAACGAUGGUUUU